AGAUCAUAGUGACAGAUAUAUUAAUUAACAUUUGACGUUUCUUGGAAAAUAAGGUUGAUUUUAAUUGAAAGGAAUUCCUUUAUAAUUUAAGACAAUUAUUUUUUAAAACUAAAUAUACGUACCAAAGACAUACUAAUGUCUUCAAUAAAACUGCAAGAUGAUAUUAACAAUAUACCUUUGGCUGACGAUGAUCCUCAAGUGAUUAUCAAUGAUGAACCAGAACAAAACUCGAUAUCUGAAGGAAACUCUUCCAGUAUGAUACACGGUAGAAGCAUGGACUCUAUUCAAUCAACAUUCACAAAUGGAAGUUCUAGUCCCCAACAUAAUAGUUUAGAAUCAGACUCCAGCCCUGAUGAACAAGAAGAAAAAGCUCGACUUAUUUCUCAAGUACUCGAAUUACAAAACACAUUGGAUGAUCUUUCAACCAGGGUAGAUUCCGUGAAGGAAGAAAACUUGAAGCUACGUUCCGAAAAUCAAGUGUUGGGUCAAUAUAUAGAAAAUUUAAUGUCGGCAUCCAGUGUUUUUCAAUCUACUUCACCAAAAAUUAAAAAGAAGUAAUUUUAUAAUGUUUUUAACUAAUUAUGUUAAAUUUGCACCAGCUUCUUAUGUGAGCAUCAAAGCCUGUGAUUAAUUUUAUGUUAGAUAAUUUAAACAGUGGUUAGUUAAUUUGUAAAGACAAAUAUAUGUUAAUUAAAUAUUAUCUUCUCUAAAUGCUGAUUGUAUGACAGCUUAUAAAGAAACGUAACAGUUUGCAUUACCUAUAGGUACAUAAAUAUAUCUACAGAAUAUUAUAAUGUUAACACAUUCAUGGUCAUGACUGCAUAUGAAGUCGUUUACUCCAUAAGGAUACGUGUAUACAAUGAUAGCGUGUCCGUGAAUGUGUUAAAGAUAUUGAUGAGAAUAUUUUUUAAAAUUUUGUAUCUGUACUUCAGAACAUUUUUGGUAUUUAAAAUUUUCAUUAGCAUUAAAAUAAAAUUUUGAGAAGCAUAUACAACCUAAACAAUUCUCAAUAUUUUUACGUACUUUGCAAUAGGAUUGCCAUACACAGUUACCCAAAUGUUAUCUGUUUAUUUAAUCUUUCACUUCAAUUUAAUGAUGUGGGAACAUGCAUAAACUACUUUGUAAAAAAUUUGGACCUUUUUAAUAUCCACCCUCCCCUUUGUCAUAAAACCUAGUAAGCCUCCUCAUGUUGAUGUCACAAUUGCAACUCCCCUUUUCAGUGAUUUUAAACAAAAUCCAUGUUUUUUGUGAAUUUUCUAGAAUUAACUAUAAAUCUUUAGGCAUGUAUUCUAACAAUAAUGAUUAAUUAAAAAUAAUUUAAUUCAAUAAAAAAUAUACACAGUAUUUAGUGCAGAACACAGGGUGAGGCAGAUAAAGGGCCUAUUAGAAAUAUCUCAAAAACCAAACGCAACAGAAUCAUGAAAAUUGGUAUGAAGGGGUAUUGAAGAGUGAUCUAUUUAAUGAAAAUAUUUUCAUCUAUUUGCUAUUUCCGGUUAUACCGGAAGUUGCUUAUAACUUCGUUUUUUUAAAUAGGACACCCUGUAUAUUUUUACAUUUUCGGAUUCUCCUUGAUGUCUUCUUUCUUAAAAUAUGAGGUUUUGAAAUAUUAUACAGGGUAGUUUAAAAGAUAAUUACCUUUUUAUAUUAAUUUCCUAGCAACAUUCACACCCUGUAGGAUUGUAGUAGUUUAACAUGAAAAACUCUAUUGAUGGUCAAAUGAUUUUUAAUAUAAUCUACUAUUGUUAAGAAUUAUUAGUAUAGCCAAAUUUUUAAUUCUAGUAUACAGGGUUGGUCGAAACUCGGAAUGAGUAUUUUAUGAGUUUUCUUAAAUAGAACACCCUGUAUUUUAGUAUUGCAAUGAAAUGAUAUUUUAUGGUACUUUUUUAUUUCUUAAGCAUUUCCUAUAUCUAACUGCUAAUUUGUGAGUUAUUGGUGAUUAACGCCAAACAUUAAUUGCAACACAAAAUACAUGAAAUUUUAUUAGAUUGGCCGUGAAAAUAUUCAGUCGCAAAUUAUUUUUCCGAAAAUAAAUACAUAUUAAUCUAGACUGAUGCUUAAAAUUACCAAUAAUUGUUGAGCUAUCAAAAUACCUACGUAGUUAUGAUAGUUGGUGCGAUUAACAAUUGAGCACAAAUUAAAGCAGUUAGGUAUAGGGAAUGCUUAAGAAAUAAAAAAGUACCAUAAAAUAUCAUUUAAUUGCAAUACUAAAAUACAGGGUGUUCUAUUUAAGAAAACUCAGAAAAUGCUCAUUCCGAGUUUCGACCAACCCUAUAUACAAGAAUUACAAAUUUAGCUAUACUAAUAGUUCUUAACAAUAGUAGACUAUAUUAAAAACCAUUUGACCAUAAAUAGAGUUUUUGAUGUCAAACUACUACAAUUCUACAGGGUGGGAAUGUUGCUACGAAAUUAAUAAAAAAAGGUAAUUAUCUUUUAUACUACCCUGUGUAAUAUUACAAAACCUCAUAUUUUAAGAAAGAAGACAUCAAGGAGAAUCUAAAAGUGUAAAAAUAUACAGGGUGUCCCAUUUAAAAAAACGAAGUUAUAAGCAACUUCCGGUAUAACCGGAAGUAGUAAAUAGAUGAAAAUAUUUUCAUUAAAUAGAUCACUCUUCAAAACCCCUUCAUUCCCAUUUUCACGAUUCUGUUGCGUUUGGUUCCUGAGAUAUUUCUAAUAGGCCCUUUAUCUGCCUCACCCUAUAUAUACCUACCUAAUAAUAUACAUAGCAUUAUUUAAUAAUUAUUAUGUUACCUAAGUCCUUUUCUUUUCCCAACUAUUUGCUGAUGUCAUUAAUAAUAUUAUUUUGUUGUUCUUUAUUUUCUAUGGGGACAGUUAUUUCAGGAUCUAUAUUUUCUAAGUUGGUCCAUUGUAAAUAUUCAGAAUCAUCAGAAUUUUUCAAAAGGGAUAAAGCUUCAGAUUCUCUACCUUUAGUAAUUUUUAUUGGGCGAACACAACUGCAUAUUGAGCAUAUAGAGACAAAUUGAAAUACACCAAAUGACAUCCGACCCCCCUUCUGUCUUAUAUCAUCAUAAUAAGCAAAGUCCUCCCUCCAUCUUCUCAAUGAUGUAGUGUAUGGAUGUUCCCUUUGAUGUUAUUCCCCAAAAUAAUCUUUUAUCUAGAAAUCCUAAAACACAAAUCAUCUCUGCUUGCCUUACUGAUUACCAAUAUAAUAAUUAUAUUAAUUUAUUUAUUUUAGAGAUGAUGUAAUUAGAGAAUUAUAUGUAUGUAUAUCAGAUUUUGAUGUAUUGUUUUACAGUGACAGCGAAAAUUGAUUUUUCGGCACUAAUAUAAUUUCUUUUAUUCAAUGUUUAUUAACUAACAUGUAUUUCAUUCUUGUAUGUUCUAAUUGGUAAAUAACAAUUUAAUAUUUGUACAUUACGUUUGUUUUAUAUAUAUUUAAUUACAGUCAUUUAUUGAAAUUAUUAUCAGCUUAAGUAAUAACAAUAAAUAGAUGGCUUAAA